CUUCACAGGUGCAGAAGACUCUGGCGCGCCACCAGGACCACCCUCCUGCGCACUCGGGACGCCAACCGACAGUCGGCCGAUCAUCAUAGAAGGCCGGCCCCCCCCUAUGCUCCUGGUCAAGCUGUCUGGUUGUCCACCCUUCACAUCCCCCUGCGUGCUGAGUCUAGGAAACUCUCCCCCCGCUACAUCGGCCCCUACACUGUCGAGAAGAUCAUCAACCCCACGUCAAUACGACUGAAACUCCCCCGCCACAUGCGGAUCCAUCCCACAUUCCACGUCUCCCAGCUCAAACCCGUGGUUUCCUCACCCUUGAACCCUCCGGCCGAACCCCCACCACCCCCCCGGCUCGUCGAUGGGCAUCCGGCGUACACGGUUCGCCGGUUGCUGGAUGUCCGUAGGCGUGGUCGGGGCCUCCAAUACCUGGUGGAUUGGGAGGGUUAUGGGCCUGAGGAGCGGUCGUGGGUUCCCCGGGUUGCCAUCCUUGACCCCAACCUGGUCCGUGAGUUCCACCGUCUACAUCCCGAUAGACCCGGUAGGCCACCUAGAGGUGGCCGUUGAGGGGGGGGUACUGUUAGGAUUCCGCCGGCGCUUACCUUUUAUUUUCGGGGUUCCCAGCUUUUUGUUUUUAUUCCGGGUUGCAUUUUGUUUUUCUCUGUUUUCUUUAGUUUCCCCCGAUUGCUUUUGUUCUUGGUGGGGUUUUGCGUUUGUUUCCCGUUUUUGCUCCCUUCUCCCCCUAGCGGCCUGGAGCGGUACUGUUUUCAGAGGUUGCUGCGGAAACCAGCCUAUAAAUCGCUGGAGGGCGGACUCCACACACACCUGCGCCUCAUUCUCCAUCUCAUCAACUACUGCAUUUAAAUGCCGGCUUUUCCUUCACUCCUCGCCAGAUUGUCUGCUCGCCAUACGGUACACAGAUGGCCGUUCGUCGUGCCUAAGAAACACCUUCUCCCUGCUCCUGGUUCCGCCGCUCCUGGCUUCCUGUUUUCUGGUCCCCCCUGUUCCUGGUUUUCCUGCGUUCCUGCCGUCCUUCUGCAUCCAUUCUCCACCUGUGCCCUGCACUCCGGCUCCACUACUCAUCGUUCCUUCCCUGCAUCCCGGUUCAUCGCUCCUGGUCACCUGUCCGCCCUGCAGUUCCCCGGCGCUACCAGUACCGCUCCUGCCGCUCCCCUCUCGUUUCGGUUAUCCUUUUGGUUGUUGUUUUGUCUUCAUUUAAUAUUGUUUAAUAAACGAUGGUUUUUA